AUGCUUCGUCUAGCUUUUAAGCAAUUAUCACGUCAAUCUUUCUCAUAAAAAUUGAAAAUCUACGAACUAUUAUUCGAAAGAGGUUUACAAUUCUUUAAUCUAAGUACCACACAAUAUAUAAUACUCUAGAUCAAUAUUAAAACGCAAUUGAUUAAUUUGAGACUUGCAUGUCUGUGUUUGCUGACGCCAAACAGUCUAAACGAUGGGAGGAUACUAAAUUCGAAGAUUUGAAUUGUAGACACUACCCAGAGCAAUAAUAAAUAAAAGGUAUACAUUUUAAUUAAGUUUGCUUUUAAGACCUUUGGAAAAGGUUAUUCGAAUUGAUGGGUAAAUGCUAUUAUGUUUUGCAUGAACAAGCAGCUUGCACUAAGAUGUGCGAUUAUUGGUAAUAAUUGAAUCCUCUGUGUGCAGGGGCCUUUAUUUUAAGAGCUUAGGUACUAAACUUUUAGAUAAAUUAGUCUCGGUUUUUAUCAGAGUAGGUAACUCAAUUGGAUUGUUAAAUGAUUUGCAAGGAUCUCCAAUUCGCCCAGCAGUUGGAUCCUCUCAAUGAAGGCAUAGCAAAAGUCUACGAGAUGGUUAAAACAUAAUUGAAAAGGUUCGAAGAGCAGGACAGCGACAAAGAAUUAUACGAUCAAUAAGACACAACUCAAUAUGAUGUCUAUGAGGAUGAAGAGUUGCCUCAGGAUUUCAUGGCCUAAUUUGCAUAUCAAGACAACGAUUAAGAGCUUAGCUAUGAGUUGGACCCAAAGAAACCUAUACCCAAGGAAGUUUAGGAAUUAGGGCGAUUCAUCGAAACCAGAGGAAUGGAAAUGGUGAAGACCUUUUAAUAGAAUGGGCAGAUAAAAGAAGCAGAAGACUUAAAGGAUAAACUACAAAAGGCAUUGAUAGCCAAGAAACAACUAGAGAAGAUAUCUCAAUUGGAUUUUAAUAGGCCCAAGAAAGUAUUGUGUAUAGCUAUUUAUCAAAGAAGUUAUAUCAAUUUGCUCAAAAGUUUGGUAUAGAUCUGUUGGACCCACAUGUGCAGAAUGAAUUUAAGAGAAUUUAAGAGUAAAACUUGGAAGACAUUCGGGAAUGGCUAAAGCAGAAUUAAUGGAACUUUGUGGAUAAGGCAACUCAGAUUCAAUAACAAGAGAAAGCUCGAUAAGAAUUGGCUAAGCUGUAAUUCAAGAGGAAGGUGAUACCUUAAAAGGUAAUUAAAUUAGAUAAGUAAUUUUGUUAGCAUGCAAAGCAUAAAUGCGUUAAGAAGGUUGCCUUAUCCAUGCAUUAAAAUAGUCCAAGUCCAUUGAUGAUGAACAAGAAUGUCUCAAGUGAAUUAAGUAGUUCUUAAUUGAAUAAUUCAAGUAAUAUUUAGAGUGUAUGUAUUUCAUAGCUUAAGGUGAUGAUGAACCUAUUUGUAAUUUGAAUUGUAUUAUAAACUUCUCUAUUCUGCUGCUAGCGACAACAACAAUAAUAUCGACAAUUUAUUAUUCAUUCUUAGGAUGA